GACCACCAAAGCCUUGGAUUGCCAACUGGACUAAGGAGAAGUUGGUGGAAAGAAUGACUGCAGAAAAAGAAGAAAUUUUGGGGAUUGUGAAGAUGGCGGAGACAAGAGCAAGAGAAAAAAUGAAAGAAAAAGAAAAAAAAGAAAAAAAACAAGAAAUCAAAAAAACAAAAAAAAGGAAGGCGAGUCCAACAUCGUCUUCGGAGACAGAAACAGCUACUGACAGUGACACUUCUACCUCUGAGUCUGAGAGUCAACAAGACUCGGAGGAUUCAGCAAGAAAACACCCCAUCAAAAAGGGGAAAAAAAUGGACUCCAGAAAAAGAAAGCAGAGGCAAGAGGAGCCAGAUUCUGAUUCAGAAUCUGAAUCUAAACAAAGUGAUGAGAGUGAAGAAUCAUCACCUGCAGAGAAGGAGAAUGAGAAGAAAAAAACAAAAACAACACCAAAAAAAACACAACCAAAAAAGAAAAAAGUUCUUGUGGAGGAUUCACCUCCUAAAGAAGACCAAUACUUUCACGGUGAGACAUAUGAAAUAUCAAGUGAUGAACUGGAUGAAUGGCUAGGGCAAAACGUUGAUAAAUCUGCUGCAGAGGGGGAGAACCAACCUGACCUGCGAUCGACAGAAGGUCGCUAUGUGUCGUCUGAAACAAUACCGGCUGUGAACUUGGGAACUGAUGCUCCUUCCUCUCAAGGAAACACAGAACAGAGUAGUGUAAACCAGCCGUCACAGAGCAUGUUGAGUCCGUCUGAUUCGAAUAUGAUGGUUGUGAGGGAACAGACACCGUCCAAAGCGCUUGCAAUAGUCCCAAUUCAGGUUUUUGUGCCGGCAUCCCAAACAACCACAGAGACAGAUUUUGAACCAACCCCUAUGCUACAGAUUGAAGGGACUACAUAAAUUC